AUGUCAACACGUACCACCUUCCUCGCCACCGGCCUGACCCCAACAAAGACUCCAUUGCCAGAAGACGUAUCCGACUGCCCUAUCUGCGCCUCGCCAUACACCGAGCCCGUCAUGCUUCCCUGCAAACACAUCUUCGACCGACCCUGCGUAGAACAUUGGCUCACAACCCAUGGGCGUAACAUCUGCCCCAUGUGCAAAUGCAUCCUCUUCACCCUACCAGCCAACGAAGACCUGACGUUCGGCCGCGAGCGUCGCCAGCAAGUCAGCGAGGCCCUCCACAACUCUGGGCUAUCUCAGCGUGAUGUGUUGAGCACCAUCGACAAGUUCGGCUGCCCUCCGCCGUCGAUUCCUUCACCGCAGCGUGCCGUGGCGGCGGCGAGCAACUUUCUGUCUGGAGACACGGCUGAACACGGUGUGCCUCCCUCAAGCCUCGGGAUCGUUCGGGCAGAAGUGCUCCUCCCUAGAAUGAUGGCCGUCGGAAACUUGAUCCCGGCCCUCGCGGCGGUCCAGGAGAGGCAGUACGAUCAGCAAGAUACUCUCGAUUGGGGCCUUGUCAUGGUGUAUCUUGGGAAGACUCUGCAAUCACUGGACGGAAAGAAAGUCAACGCUUCUGGGUUCGCCGCCAAGCUGAGGAAGGAGGUCGAGAAGCGAUUAGGGGGCUGCUAUAGCGAUGCCGACUGCAUUUCUUUUCUGUUCCGGAGCGCUGACCCCUCAGUGCGCAACCGCUGCUUUGAAGAUCUCCAGAGUGUUUUGGACUGGAUGGCUUACCAUUGCUAUUGUAAACACUUGAUGGAAGAACAGGAAGCUGCAGCACGUCACGCGGCGAGGCCGGGGAUGGUGAAAGGGUUAAGAAGCGUUUGGCGAACGUUGAGCAGAAGAUGA